AUGGCCAGGGAAAGCAACGCACCGCUAGAUAACUCCACUCCGAGCAAAAAGAAUGAACAAUCUCGGCCUUCAGCCACACAACAUCCAGAAUUUGGCAAACCUUCCCCGAUCGGCCCCUCUCAGUACCGUUCCAACCAGCCAAACCAGCCCAGGAACCAUUCGAACCACCUAUUCAACAUCCCCAAAUCAAAUCGGCCACGAGCAGAGCAUCACCGCCCCGCUCAGCAGUCCCAGCAGCCCCAACCACAACAACAAACUCGGCCACAGCAGCCCGGACAGCAGCAUGGAGCUUCUCAGAGCUAUCGCCCCCACUCGGAGGCUGCUGGGACUCCGGCCAAACGUGGUCCUUUCGAUCCGUUCCAGGCCGUAAGGCCCUCAGCCUACAAUGAUCACCGAUCAGGAUAUCCGUCUGGGUUGCCUCCUGGUGCGACUCCAAUCAAACGCCCCGAAAAUGUGACGUGGACAACUCCCCGUGCCCCCCGACCAAUUUUUUCGUCGAAGCCAUCGGUACCAAAACCGUCGAAUGCGUCAAAGAAUCUUCAAGCUUUCAUUGAUCUGACUAAGAAUGAGAGCCAGUCCAGCAACAAUGCGACGACUUUCGGCAGCAGUAAUGCGCCUGGCUUUGGCUCUAUGGAUAUGCACGGCUAUGUUGAUUCAGAGAAGGCAAACGAGAAUAUCAAAGCUCUCCUUGAGGGCGCUUUUGAAGAUGAGGAGGAAGAAAAGGCCUCAAAACCCAAGAGCAAAAGCAAAGGAAAGAAGAACAAGAGCAAGAAGAAGCUGUCAGAAAAAGCUGAGCCAGCUGUACCCGCUGCGGCCAAGAAGAAAGAGGACGAUGAUCUUGAUGAUUUGGCUGCUCAGCUUGAGGGUGUGACUGUGAACGACACGAGGCCAGUUGAGCCAGAUUCAGCCGAGAAAUCUAACAAAAAGGCAGCCAAGGCAACUAAAGACGCAUCCGAGAGCGAAAUUGAGGAUGAAGCUGCAGACCAAGAUGAUGACGAAGCGGAGGCUGAAGAGGAAGAUGACGACGACGGAGCGGACGAUAGUGAUGAAAACGACGACAGUGGGAUAGUCGAAGGCCUCAAGGUCACACUUCUUCCUCACCAAAUUGAUGGUGUCAAGUGGAUGUGCGACAAAGAGACUGGCCGACGUGCCACCAAAGGAAUAUUCCCAAUGGGUGGAAUUCUUGCAGAUGAUAUGGGCCUUGGUAAAACUGUCCAGGCCAUUGCCCUCCUCCUCAAGAACCACAAAUCCGAGAUCGACGAACACAGCGAAACAAAGGACGAAAACGAGAAGGACAAAGAAAGUAACCCUUCGACACCCGUCAGCAAGAGCACACUUGUUGUCGCCCCUUUGGCUCUCAUCAAACAAUGGGAGGCUGAGAUUCACGACAAAGUCGAGAAAACCCACAGACUCCGCGUUUGUGUUUAUCACGGCACUAAUAGAGCUAAGACGGCCCGCUCGCUAGAUGACUACGACGUGGUGAUCACUACCUAUGGUACUCUCACUUCGGAGUCUGCCACCGCGGCUUCCGACAAAACUAAAAAGUCCGGUAUUUUUGCUCUCAAUUGGCUUCGUAUCAUCCUUGACGAGGCACACACCAUUAAGAACCGCAAUGCAAAGGCCACACAAGCCGCCUGUGCACUCGACGCCAAGUUCCGCUGGUGCUUGACCGGAACACCCAUGCAGAACAACCUUGAUGAACUGCAAAGUUUGAUCAAGUUUCUUCGAAUCAAACCCUUUGACGACUUGGCUGUCUGGAGAGAUCAGAUCAGUCGUCCACUCGCCAACGGCCGAGGUGGUCUUGCCAUUCAGCGCCUGCAGGUCUACUUGAAGGCGUUCAUGAAGCGCCGCACCAAGGAUGUUUUGAAAGGGAAUCAAGACAACGAGGACGAGGAAACCCAGGGAGGCGAAAAGAAGCGCUCCAACGGUUUCAAGAUCGUCAAGCGUGAGGUCAUUAGAGUGGAUGCUGAAUUCAUGCCGGGAGAGGAGAAGUUUUACAAGCGCCUGGAGGCAAGAACUGAGAACAGCCUCGAGCAGAUGAUGGGCUCUAAACUUGAUUACGCUGGGGCGUUGGUUCUGCUCUUGCGUCUACGUCAAUCCUGCAACCAUCCUGAUCUGGUCAAAAGUGAUUUGGCCGCUGACAAGGACGUUCUUUUGCAGAAUGGCAACUCGCCUAGUCAGUCGAAAGAUUCAAAGGCAAGCGAGCUGGAUGACGUUGCCGAUCUUUUCGGCGCGCUUAGUGUUGUUACCAAGAAGUGUGAUGUUUGCCAAACCGAACUUAGCCAGGCAGAAGGCAAGAGCGGUGCUACUCGCUGCAGUGAGUGCGAAAAGGACUUAAACACCGACUUCAUGGGCAAGGAGAAAAAGAAGCACAAGUCGAAGAAAACACACAAAACCAACAAGGAAGAUGCCGCGGAAGAUCAACCUGUCCGGUCUCGGAGAAAUCGGAGAGUCGUGAUUGAUAGCGACGACGAAGAUGAAGACGAGGCUGAAUGGAUUGUCCCUGAAGACCAACGCAAGAUGCCCAACCUCGGAAAGGCCGGCGGCUCAGACGAUGAAGAUGCGGAAGGCGGCGGUGAUUGGAUUGGAUCUGACGAUUCGGAUACCGACGAUGAUAUCCGUAACUCCCCGACAGGCAAGAAGUCCAAGCCCGUUGCUCUGAGUGAAUCCGAGGAUGACUCCGACACGGACGACGACAUCUAUACCGAGGAAGGUGAAAACGGCGAGCUCCCUUCGACCAAAGUUCGUCAUUUGAUGAAGAUCCUCCACAAGGAGUCCGCGGACUACAAAUUCAUUGUCUUCUCGGUCUUCACCUCCAUGCUCGACAAGAUUGAGCCCUUCCUGAAGCGCGCCAACAUUGGAUUCACGCGCUACGAUGGCCAAAUGAGGAACGAUCAUCGUGAAGCCAGUUUGAACAAGCUCCGGAACAACAGUGGCACUCGAGUUUUACUCUGUAGUUUGCGCGCUGGUGCGCUCGGCCUCAACUUGACUGCUGCCAGCCGUGUCGUCAUCCUGGAGCCGUUCUGGAAUCCUUUCGUCGAGGAACAAGCCAUCGACCGUGUCCACCGUCUCAACCAAACAGUUGACGUCAAGAUCUACCGCAUGAUCAUCAAGAACACCGUCGAAGAGCGAAUCGUCGACCUACAAGAUCGCAAACGUGAGCUCGCUAAAAUGACAAUCGAAGGCAAGUCCGCCGCCGGAAAAUUGACCAUGGGCGACAUGAUGGCCCUCUUCGGCCGAGACGCCGAGUCAAAGUUCCAAGACAAGCAGGGUACUUUGGACUUUAAAGCACCCACUGGGCUAUUGCGUGCUGCGGACGAGCCCACCACUACUCCCAAGCGAUCGGACUCGCGUGAUUCAAAUCGCCGGCAGGGAUCCAAUCGACCGACAGCCGAAAAUUCGGUCUAUGGUCGACGUUGGUGA